AUGUCAUUCAAUCGACGCUUCCGAUGGAACAUUUGGCACAAGAUGACGCUCAUGCUGCUGCUUCCCUACAUUAUGAUACACGGGACACUGGCUGGAGGCGCAGAUCCCUACCAUCGGAAUCCGCUACUCCGUACCCGAGGCCAAAUCUAUGUUCGCCAAAACCCGUUCAAACGUCUUCGAAAUCGGACGCACACUGAAGCGACGAUGGCGACGAGGGCGGAAAAUACGGCCAGCCUCCGCAGCGACAGCACCAGGGAUCGUUCCGCGACGCUGGGGACGUUGGAGUCGAUUACGUGUACGAUGUCGAAGGAGGCGACGACUGGGAGCAAGUCGACAAGUUUGAGGCUGACCUCGACGACGAUGAGCCCGGUGAAUACGGAGGACAACUCGGGACGACCUCAGGCCGAAGCACUCGACAAAUUGACCAAC